GGUGUUUGAACUGCCAACACACUGAGUUCACUCGCAGAAGACAUCUAAUGAAAAAUUACUGCAACGUAACAGAAUGUGGCUGCUCUUUUCAGCCACCUGAAAGGAUACCACCAGGGGCAGUAAUUGUAAGGACAUAUUUUAUUAGCGUCUUAAAAUUAUUAACUUAAUCCUGUUUUUUCCUACUAAGUGUUGCAAUAUGUUAGCAUAAGAAUCUUGAAUAUUUAUUUCUAUUGAUCACUUUUUGAAGGACAGAAAAAAUAUGUAGUUAGAAAUGUUCUGACUACUGAAUUUUUUUUUUAUCUUUAGGACUGUCACUCUUUUUUUUUUGUCUCAUUUGUAAAACUUUUCCAUCAGAUGCCUAAGAUGAAAAAACAGCUCACUUCAGAAAACAUUCUUGAUUGAUUUUUUUAUUAUUAUUUUAAGUGUGGAUAGUUAAUUUUAUGACCUCAAAUAAUAAUUGUAUUUGAACUGAACUGAUAAUGAGAUUGUCAUAUUAAUUGCAUAUGCUUGCCUUUAUCAUUUUUUUCAACAGCCAGUAUGGAGGACAAGGCAAAUGGUUCAGUUGACAACAAAAGCCCGGUGGAGAACGGUCAGCUGCCUGACCCUUCCAACUGGGGAGUUGCUGACGUUGUCAAUUAUUUCAAGGCAACAGGGUUUGAGGAGCAGGCCACAGCUUUCCAAGAUCAGGAAAUUGAUGGCAAGUCUUUGCUCCUGAUGACGCGUAACGACGUCCUAACAGGACUGUCGAUAAAACUCGGCCCGGCGUUGAAAAUCUACGAGUACCACGUGAAGCCGCUGCAAACGCAGCACCUGAAGAGCAACGCGUCGUAGCACGGCCAACUGCCCCGCCACACCUCAGCGACAAUCAUCAUGUCAGGAGACUCCAGGUUAGCUGCGGCUUCACAAAGACUCUUCUGCCAACAGAGGCACCUUGACAAGUUUUGAAUGCUGUAUGUUUUCUUUUUGUUGUUUUUGUUUUAAUAAGCCUGGAUCCCAAAACCCUGGUCUGCACACUGCGUUCACUCAGCUGUUUACCCCUUCAGCCAUUCUUAUUUCUGCUGCUUAAGAUUUGUAUUUUUUUGUGUUUUAUUUAAGAAAAGAGAUUAAGAGUGAGUAUUCUGAAGGUUAGGCUUGUGUUUUGUGUGGUGAAUGUGUGUGCAAAGUAAAUUAAACCGCAAUGGGUUUUUUUAACUAUUUGUAAAUAAGAAGAUAUAUAGUUGAAAAGGAUGUAUGUUCUGUUAUAUUUGAACACUUUGAUACAUGCAGAAAAUUAUUAUGAUCCCAUUGUGUUUCCCUGAAUUUAGUUUUUAUGUUUUGAACUGCACAUCUGAGUCCAUGAUUUGUCCAGAGCAUGUAACAAUUAAUCACUUUGUUUUCCAGGACUUUUAUUUAAAGCCUCUUUGUUUCUUUAAACCAACUUUAUUUAGACUUGAGGCUCUUGGUAUGGAAAUCUUUGUGUAUAUAUAUUCUUAUUACAUACCUACCUGUGGUGCUUUCAGCUUUGUCACCCAGACAGCUGUAUUGAAGUGUUCAUGACCCAUGUUUAAGUGCAACAUAACACUGGAGUUUGAAUAUCUUGAGUCUAAAAUUGAUGAUAAAUGGUGCUUUUUUUCUCACCAAAGAACA